UCGCGUAGUUUUAUGAACGCCCGUCUGCGCUAGAAAUUUGUUCGUGACUCGGAUCAUUGAUUUAUUGUUUUUGUUUAUAAAUACGCAGUAAAAUGGGGAUGUUUUGUUAUUGUCGUACAUCUAUUGGCUAGAUAUUAUAUCAUCCAUAUUCAAAUAUAGUAUUGUUCAAUUAGACCGGUGAUAAUCGAAAACUAAUCUUGUGAGAAUUAGAUCGUUCGGCAAGGUCAAGAAGAUCUGCGUGGACAAAUGCGUUAUUAAACUGUUUUUGGUGAUAUUAUUUUGUGAUAGUGUCAGUGCAGUGAUAAUGGGGUCGACGGGACUAACGUUGGCCGAUUUGCCGAAUAUUUUCAUCAUGAUUGGCGCAUUGGUUGCGCUAUUUGUGAUGUUGAUAAUUCUACUCAGGAACAUGGAAGUGAUCGGCAUAGUCGGCGAGGGUCGGGUAGACGCGUGGGGACGCGCCAUGCACCCGCCGAGGCUGCUCAUGCAGAGGGUACACAUACCCUUCACCUUCAAGCUGAUGGAGAAUGAACCAAUAGGAUACUCAGGAGUGAGCUGCAGCGUAACGUCUACAGUGCGAUACUUCCAAGCGAGCUGGUGGGGCGCGCCGGUGAGGGAACUGCACAGAACUCUAUGGCGCCCUCUGCCGGACAUCCUCGCGUCCGAACAUCUCAGUUUUGAUGCAUGCAACCCACACGAUGAAAAGCCAUUGAGGCUCUCCCUCGACGAGCCCCUCCAGCUCGGGGCUCCUCCGAGGAACUGCUACCCCCUGGUGGUGAUACUGGUGCGCGACCAGAGAGACACGGCCGAACUGAGGCCUGAUGACACGGUGGCGUUAGUGACAGUGGUACACAUCAGAGAUGAACAUUGCCCGCUGCCGAGUGGCAUACUCGCCCAGUACCUCAAACAGGCCAACGGGAACCUGUCGUGUUUGAAGCAACUGUACGUGACGGGCGACUCGCUCCACGAGCCGGAGUACGGCGGCGCUGCGCACGCGCCGGGCGCGCCGUGCUGCGUGUGCGCGGCGCGGCCGCUGUCGCGCGCGCUGCUGCCGUGCCGCCACGCCUGCCUGUGCGCGGACUGCCUGUACAAACUGCACAAGUGCCCGAUAUGCCGCAGCCCCAUCACGAGCUACUUCAGUAUUCGCAACGAAGAAGAGGAAAUGGACCCCAAACAGCGGACGGUCAUCAACCGGAGGCUGUUCAACCUGUUCCAUUACCAUUAGCGAGCUCGCUGGAUCGCGUAAAAGCAACGCAUGGAUUGAAAAGUGAUUUAAAAGAAGUUUGAUUUUUUUUUUGUUUGACUUUCAACGGUGUUUAAAAUUGUGUAGUAUACGGAAUGUUAGAUUGUGAUUUUAUUUUUUGUUAAAAAUAUAGUAAGAAUAUCACGUGACUAAAGAUAUUUAGCCAAUAGCGUUGUACCACAGAUACAAAAGAUUUUUAACUAGUGACGUACUUUUUUGUUUACCUUAUUUAAGACACUUUAAAAUAAAAAAAAAACCGACUGUAGUGUUAAAUGUACUAAAAAAAAUUACCGUAGUAAUGUUAUUUUUUUUUAAAUAAAUAAAUACGAGGUAGAUUAUUUUAGUGUGGGUGCAAAUUAUGUAACUGUGAUAAACGAGAAGCUUUGUGAAUUUGCUGAUUUGUAAAUAAUAGAAUUAAUGACUAUUUAAUAAUUGUUUGAAUGUGAGAAUAACAUCUGUUUAUAAGAAAAAUAUUAUUGAAUUACAAACACCAUGGGGUAAUUUUUUUAUUACGUAUUCGGGGGAUGGAUAAACUUAAAGAAUGACAUUUAACUUGACCGCGCCGCUGUUAUCGCUUUUGUCCAUGUAUGUACGUAACGUACUGAUGCGACGAGUGAGUGACGUUGCGUACAAAUUUAAUAUCUUUCUUUUAUUUAUUUACAUCAUCAUGCCCGCGCGACGCCGUUUUUAUCGCGCGAGAAACUAUCACCGUUUCGCUUUUUAUUAUGACAUGAAACGGGACGGAGAUAAUUUUUGCUAUCAUCAUAGGAAAGAUAUUGUGCGAUAGUGCUGCAACAUUUAACAUCCUGUUAUUGUUAAUGUUACUCGUGUGAAUUCGUACAGUGAGCAGAAAAACGAAAUCGUUAUAAUUUUAAUGCUGCCACUACAAAGCGUGAGGCGCGGCCAAAUCACUUAUAUAUUUGUGUUAUCGAAUUAUUAUUUGCCCCAAUUUUAUAAGUCUGUUAAACAGUUUGAGAAAUAAAUGAUUUAUGUAUGGACUAAAAACGGCAAAAUAGUUUACUUCUAGUCAAAAUGCAUGUGGUUAUUGUAUUUUGCAUCAAAUUAUUUGUCAUACGUGACAGGGACAGACAUGACAUAAACUUAUAUCCACAGUUCAUAGUGUUCAGAGUAUUGUGUCAAAAGUAACAAAGAAAUACUUAAUACAAAAAAAUCAUUAUGACUAAAAUGCGUCAGACGCAGUAAUAUGAAGCGGUUUCUGGGCGUAUCUAAUGUGACAUUUAAACGAUUAUAAUACAAAAUGCACGCUGUCUGCCUGUUUUUUUAGGCUUUUAAAAUGAACUCGCUUCUCAAGUAGAUGAAAUAUCUCACAUCUCCCACAUAUGAAGAUUACUUACUGUCGAACAUGUACACGAAACCCAUUAGCCAAUCAAAUAAGGCUAUGAUUUUUGUUCGCAUUAACGUGAACGCAGACUUGGCCGCGCCGCACAAUGUGGCCUGUUAAGAUACUUAUACAACUGCGAAUGAGUGCGUAUAAAAUAAUUAGAAUGCUGUAUAUAUGUACGGCAUGACCAAAUCCGCGUUCACCUUUAAUUGCUGGACUGUAGUUAACAUAACUUUUAAAAAGAGAACCUUUCGAUAUUCUCCUUUUUUGAAGUCCUUUUCUAAAAGCUUUUUUGAUUUGAAUUUUGAUGCAGUUUUUGGGAAAAGGGUUUGUUAACCUAAGUGUAACAAACACUUUUCCCAAAAACUGCUCAAAUCAAAAUAUGUUCAGCGAAACGCGAGAUAAUACAGUAUACAGGUCAAACCGAGAACCACCAUUUUUUCGAAGGUUAAACAUGGCAGAUAGCGAAGGAACUUACGAUUUUUAUACAAACUUCAAAAGAGAUCAUCUCAAGCAAUACUCAUGGUAGGAAUGAGAAUGACGAGUAUGCAAACGGCAUUUUUUCAAAUCACUGAUAUAAAAUGUCGUGUCUGGUGUGGGAAAGUUGUUAUUUAGAACUCCUCUCUUAUUAGAACCAAGUUUAAUAAUGAUUUGAAAUAAGUUUUAAUGUUCAUAAACGUUACAAUUUAAAGUUCAUGAAAACUGUAAAUAAUAAAGCAAUAGUGAUGUCGAAUUUUUUCUUAAUGAUAGAGAUUUAUUUGUAAAUUAAAUUGCAAAUAUAUGCACUUACUAUUACAUGAUAACGUAGGACGUGUAUUUAUUUAGUACUUGGUCCACUAGUGUAGUGAAUCUUUAUGGUAUUUUAAUAUACCAAUCAUUUUGUAAACCUAUUUGUUUUUUUUUUUUUGUAGGAACAUAAAUAUCACAAAUUACUUAUACGAAAUUAUACCUUAACCAUGUUAUAUUAAAACUAUGUAAGCACACAUUAAAAAAUUGUAUGCAAAUCUUGUGUGGCUUAUGUUAUAAUGUACAGGCGGAGUCAAAAGGAUAGGCAAUUUUUUUAAAGUUUGUAAUAACAGCUUUAUUUUCAGGUGAAGCUUUCUUAUUAUUAUUCAAUAUAAAUAUAAAGACAAUUUAAAUACACUGUCUAUGGAAAGUAGGUUAUAAGAAAUCAUUUAUGUAGAUCAUAACUUAUCUAUACUCUUUUGACACCGACCGUACUUAUUAUAUUUUGCAAAGUUAUUAGUUUCUACAAAACUUUUUCGAGUAUAUUUAAAUACACAUUAUUUUGCCUCAAUUUAGGUAUCUGAUGUAUAUAGUGAUAAGUUUACAAAAUGACUUAAUGUGUGUAAAUGAAUGUCCUAAGCGCGUAGUCUUCCAUACGAUAGAAAUGACACGGAUCUCACAAGGCACCCGUUUGCAGAGACUAUUGUAUUGUAAAAAUAAAGAAUUAUAGAUGCGUUA